CGCACAACGUACAACGCGCUUGAAGCCUGCUCCACUGUGUCUCUGAAACAGUCAACCCAGCAAAAAGCCGCCAUUAUUGGAUUCAUUAAAAGCUUGUUUUUACAGCAGUAAAAAGCGGUUGGUUUUAGCACAGCGAGAUGUCGUCAAGCAAACAUAAACCAAAUUCUUCGUCCGGGGCCUCUUCCAUGUCGAUUUCUAGCAUCCAAGGUCAACUUCUCGAAGUUACCGUCGUUUCUUGUCAAAAGUUGAAGGACACAGAAUGGAUCUCCAGGCAAGAUCCCUAUGUCUGCCUUGAAUAUGCUAGCACAAAGUUCCGGACGCGUACCUGUACUGAUGGGGGGAAAAGCCCUACCUUCCAAGAAAAAUUCGUGUUUUCAAUGAUUGAAGGCUUGAGGGAGCUGAAUGUUGUUGUCUGGAAUAGCAAUACAAUUACCUACGACGAUUUCAUUGGCAGUGGAAAGGUUAUACUCCACAGAGUUCUCUCUCAAGGCUAUGAUGAUAGCUCUUGGCCACUCCAAACAAAGACUGGCAGAAAUGCAGGAGAAGUUCGGCUGAUAAUGCACUAUGCAAAUGCUAAUAAGCCGGCAACAAGCUACGCUCCAUCUGCUCCUCCCUAUAUUCCACCACCGGCACCACAAGCAACUCUCCAUUCUGCCCCACCGCCACAUAUGGCCUCCUAUCCAAUGCCUUCCCCUUAUCCAACACCAUCUCCGUACUCAACACAUCCUUAUCCAGCACCGUCUCCUUACUCUUCAUACCCUCCUCAGCCAGCCGCCUAUCCUCCACCUCCUCAACCGGGUGCUUACCCACCGCCUUACACAACACCUUCGGCAUAUCCUCCCCCAUCAUAUCCACCACACAUGUACGACGCAUCGUAUUACCCCCCAGGUCAUUAUCCCGGAACCUACCCUCCACCCCCGCAUUACUGAGAGGAAAGUCGUCAUGCAUGUUUGAAUCAAGUUUGUAGAUGUACAAAGUUGUUGGGUGGCAAGUAUAUUCAUCUAAUUAACUUCUCAGAUGCUUGUGGUUACAUGUUUCAUAGUAGUUGGUUGAUGAAACUGUGGAUAUGCUGUAGUUUCCCUGCUCAAAAGAGAAGCAAGAUAUACAUAUAUCCUUUGGGCAGUCUUUUGAAACCAAGUUUGUUGGGUUUUAUUAUGUAUUUGUUCAGGAAUUUUCAUUGGCAGCCAAGUUUCUUAAGGAAUAUCUAUCUUGAUUCACU